AAUGGAAGUUUGUUGACAGUCAAAAGAUAUCACCUGAUAAAUGAAAGACAAGAUCAUUCAUACAUUCCUAGUGUUGCACUAAUAGAAAUAGAGAAAUGUAAAAUUGAAUGCCGUAAGAGAUCUCGUAACAAAUUAGCACACAUGUUCCGCAGAUCUACAAAGAAACUCAAAACUACAAAGAAACUUACAAAGAAUUUUUUUCAGAUCUACAAAGAACAAGUGUUUGAGGCGGAUCUCCAUUUUGUAUCAGAAACUCCAGAAUUUCAAACUGUUAAAUUCUCUUUGUAUAAAAAUCAUCGCAAAGCGUUAAAAGUUUAUUCUCCAUCACAAAGAAGACAAGAAAUUAUAAGUCCAAAUGAAUACAAAGCUAAUUUUUUAAUACACGAAGAUGGAGGAAUUUUGAUUUUUGUGGCUCAAAAUUCUUUGAGAUGUUUAGGCAACAGUAAAUGUUGUUUUGGGGAUAGAACUUGUAAGAGCUGCUGCCCACAAAUUAAGCAGAUAUAUACAAUUCACAUGGACCUUGGAAUUAUUGCUGAAGACAAUGCAAUAUACCCUACCGUAUAUGUACUUUUAGGAGAUAAAACUGAAAUUAUGUAUGAAAAAAUGCUUACAGCUCUUCGCCACUUACUCCCUGCAUGGAAACCAGAUAACUUUGAAUUGGUGGCAUUGGCUUUGCGAAAAACAUUUCCUUACUCCAUGAUAAAAGGAUGCAAUUUUCACUUCAAUCAGUGUAUCUGGAGGGAGGUACAGAGACUAGGUCUAAUUUCCAGUUAUAGAGAAAAUUAAAAUGUGUGUUCAUAUAUGAGCUGCUUUGGCAAACAUGACCCCUAAAAGCAUCGAUGAUGCACGGAUGCUUAUCAUGGAAAAUUACCCUCCUCAAAAUAUGCAAAUUCAAGACUUUAAUGACUAUAUGGUUGAUCAGUGGUUCGAUAAUGACAUAAUAAAAGAUAUGUGGAAUUGUUACAAUGAAAGGCAUAGAAUAACAAAUGCUUUAGAAGGUUGACAUAGCAAAUUAAAUAAAAGUGUUAGAAAACUGCACCCAAACAUCUUAAAACUUAUUUUGCAUUUAAAGAAUGACGCACAAUAUUACGACAUGCUACAAAAUAUAAUAGAACUGAAUAUUCCUCCAAAAAAAAAAAAAAAAAAAAAAAAAAAUGCAAAAAUACAUAAAAUUA